AUGGCAUCCUUCCUCAAGCACAAGGACUAUGCGGUCACUGCCGCCUCCGCGGAUGGACCUACGGAGGCGCAGAUCAACGCUGCUCAGGCACAGGACGCAUCUGAGCACGCAGCCGUCAAUGCUCGUUUGAGGCAGAACGAAGCUGCCGGCGCCCGAGUUUUGGAGUUCGACGAGAAUGCUACUCCCCAAGAGAAGGCAGCUCAGGCUGCCAAGGCUAUGGACAAGCUUAAGCCCAAGAAUGCAAUGGCCACGAAGCCAGACGACGGUCAUGAGUUGGCCUCAGACCUGUACGGUAAGAAGGUCGAUCCUACACUCAACCUGAAAGACGUCGAGAAGCUCAACGAGAAGGAGAAGGGGGUCCCAGGUUCCCUUCCUGUCGGUCAGCCCACCAGCAACCUGCCACCGGGUACGCAAGCCGGCUGGCUAGAUGUUGCCCUUGCUGCUCGAGGUCUCACUCCACAGCAAGCCGUUUCUGCAGAUGAUGAGGCAAAAGCCGAUCUCAUCAGCAGCUUCGUUAGCGAUGCCUACCUCGGACAAUUCUACAUCAAUGCCGCCAUCAUCAUGUUUGCCGUUCUCUUCACUUACUUUGCCACAAUGCUUGGCGGCGGUAUCCCCUCUCUGCUCAUCAUCGGCGCAUUCUGCUCGACCUACUACAACACUAGCAUUCGGCGCACUCGCCAGCGUGCUCGAGACGACAUCACUCGCGAGCUCUCCAAGAAGAAGAUGAUCUCGGAGCAUGAAUCUGCUGAAUGGAUCAAUCACUUCCUCUCGCGCUUCUGGCUCAUUUACGAACCUGUUCUGUCCGCUACCAUCAUUGGCAUUGUCGACCAGAUCUUGGUGCAGAACUGCCCGUCUUUCCUCGACUCGAUCCGCAUGACUACCUUCACUCUCGGCACCAAGGCGCCCCGUAUCGAUGCGGUUCGUACCUUCCCUCACACCGAAGAGGAUAUCGUCAUGAUGGACUGGAAGUUCAACUUUACACCCAACGAUGUGCUCGAUCUCACCGUCAAGCAGGCCAGUCAGAAGGUCAACCCCAAGAUCGUACUGACGGUUCGAAUCGGAAAGGGCUUCGUUGGUGCAGGACUUCCCAUCUUGCUCGAAGACAUCAACUUUGUCGGUAACAUCCGCAUCCGCAUGAAGCUCAUGAGCGCCUUCCCACAUGUGCAGCUCGUCGAUCUCUCCUUCAUGGAGCCGCCCAAGAUCGACUACGUGCUCAAGCCUAUUGGAGGCAACACGUUCGGCUUCGAUAUCGGCAACAUCCCUGGUCUUUCCGACUUCAUCCAAGGCCAGAUUCACGCCAACCUCGGUCCGAUGAUGUACCACCCCAACCUCUUCACCAUCAACUUAGAGCAGAUGAUGUCCGGUGCCCCGCUUGACACGGCUAUCGGUGUCCUACAGGUCAACAUCUGGUCCGCACGCAACCUCAAGGGUGUCAAGCUUGGUGGCGGUACGCCGGACCCGUAUGUUGCAAUCUCUAUCGAUGGUCGCGAGGUGCUUGCAAAGACAGCCGUCAAAAAGGGCACUGCCAACCCUCAGUUCAAGGAGACCAAGUUCGUUCUACUCAACAACCUCAACGGCAUGCUUACCAUGGCACUCAUGGACUUCAACGAGCACCGACCCGACUCGAACCUUGGUCAGGCUGCUUUCGACCUCAAGGAGCUCAUGGAAGAUGCGGAGCAAGAGAAUCUCAGCACACCGGUCAUCCUUGAUGCAAAGGAGCGUGGGGAGGUGCAGUACUCCUUGUCUUACUAUCCCGUCGUCAAGCCCGAGGUUGGAGAAGACGGCCAGCCCAAGCCGCUCCCCGAGACUCGUUCUGGUAUCGUCCGCUUCACUCUUCACCAGGCAAAGGAGCUUGACAAGCGUUCUGGCUUUAGUGGCGAGCUCUGCCCCAAAGGUCGAGUCCGUCUCAAUGGUCAAAAGGUCAAGGACACUUUGGUCAUCAAGCGAUCCACCAACCCGAUCUUCGAAAUGCCGACCGAAUUUCUCGUCACCGACCGCAAGAAGGCCGUUAUCACAGUCGAGAUCUUGGACGACCGUGACCUCCGAUCCGAUCCUGUUGUUGCUCACGUCAGCAUCCAUCUUGAAGAUCUUCUGCUAGCCAAGGAGAAGCAGCAGGACUGGUUCCCUCUCAAGAACUCUAAGGGUGGUCGCGUCCGCAUGUCCGCUGAAUGGAAGCCAGUGCAAAUGUCAGGCAGCAUGAAUGGCAGCAGUGGCUACACACCUGCCAUCGGCGCUGUCAAGUUCUGGGUCAAGCGCGCCACGGAUGUCAAGAACGUCGAGGCCAUGACUGGAGGCAAGUCCGACCCAUACGUCCAAAUCCGUGCUCGAGGCCAGACCGUCGACGCAAGCACCAUCGUCAACAAUAAUCUCAACCCAGAAUGGAACGAGAUCCUGUAUGCACCUGUCCACUCGCUGCGUGAGAAGAUCUCGCUCGAAGUCAUGGACUACCAAAACACCAGCAAAGACCGUUCCCUCGGCGCCGUCGAGAUUGAUGUUGCUCAGCUUGCCACCGAAGCGACUGGCACCGAUCCACGCAUCAGGUACGCUGGUACAGGUAAACAGGUGCACAAGGACAAGAUUCACCUGGGACGUGGUGUAUACAAGGGUCAGAUCGAGUUUGACUGCGAAUUCUUGCCAGCCGUCAACAUCAAGGGCGCUGAGUUUGACGAGCGUGAGAAUGAGGUAGCCGCCAAGCGCGGUGCAAUUAUCGAGGAAGAGGAAGAGGAAGAGGAAAAGCCAGCCGCCAACGCUUCUCUCGAGUCCACUGCCGCAAACGGAGCCAAGCAGACUAAUGGCACAUUUGAUUCGAACGGUGCCAAUGGAGCUUUGGCCAAGGGACACAUGAAGAAUGCAGGCUCGAUCGCUUCGAUCGGCAGUGUCAAGACAGCCGUCAGUGGUCGCCCAUCUACGGCGACGGACAAGGCUGACGAGGGUGUAGUGAUGACCAAGGAGCAGCUUCUCAACGAGCAGUCUGGUAUCAUUGUCUUCAACAUCUUGCAGGGCUCCCUGCCCCAGCACAAGAAGCACGCUCGUCUCGAGGUGCUCUUUGAUGACGGAUACUGGCCUGCGUACCUGACCGAGAAGGCUCGUUCUUCCAACCACACUUGGGACGAGGUCGGAGAGUCUGUGGUCAAGGAGCUCGACUGGUCCAAGUUCCUGCUUAAGUUGCGAACAGGCGAUGGCGACGAUGACGUCUUUGCUGAGUUUGCCGGCAACACAAAGGAUGUCCUGGAGAAGGCUCUCAACUCACAGUACGAGUUCCGACUCCUCAACAGCGCAGGUGCUCAGGUUGCCAGCGUCGUGAUCGAGUGCAAGUACAUCCCCAUCAACUUGCAUCUCGAGCCCGUUGAGAGCGUCAAUAAUCAGGGCUUCUUGCGUGUUGACCUUGUCCACGCCCGCAAUCUGCGCGCUGCCGAUCGUGGUAACAAAUCAGACCCCUACUUUACCUUGGUCCUCAACGGCGAGCGCAUGGCCAAGUCCAAGGUGGUCAAGAAGACACUCAAUCCAGACUUCAACGAGAACUUGGGAGAGUUCAAGGUUCCAUCUAGGGUUGCUGCUGAAGCCAUCUUUGAGGCUUACGACUGGGAACAGGUCGGUACACCCGACAAGCUUGGUCAGACUCAGGUGGAUCUUUCGGUGCUGGAGCCAUUCGAGCCUUUCGAGAAGACGUAUCCUCUCACUGGAAAGGGUGCGACCGAGAAUUCGGAGGUGACGCUUCGAUUUGUGUUCAAGCCUGACUUUGUAACCAACCGCGAACGAAAGGGAACGAGUAUCAGUCGCACUUUCACGCACGGUGUUGCCGGAGUUGGACGUGCUGGAGCUGGAGGUGUGCUGGCAGUCGGCACCGGCGUCAGUAAGGCAGGGUUGGGGGUCGGUAAGGCUGGAUUCGGUGUGGGAAAAGGUGUGGUCGGCAUUGCUGGCAAAGGUGUUGGCGGAGCAGUCGGGAUUGCCGGUAAGGGUGUCGGUGGAGCUGCGAAGGGUGUCGGCCAUAUCGUUCGUCCUGGUGGUCGUAAGGUUUCGGCUGCCGAGGCUGGACUGGGCGAUGAGCUGAUUAUCGACCCUGCUACGGGCGAGGUGGUUGCACCGUACGCUGCCGAAGGCCUGCCCAUUGCUUCGAGUGGCUCGGGUUUGCCUGCCAGCCUCGGCAUCCCAGUCCCACCCAUUCCUGAGGAUAGCGCAGCGGAUGCCAGCAUGGACAAUGAUACGCGUUCGAUGGCCGAGUCUCAGGGCACACCAUCAAAGCGCAAGUCGAGGCUGCACAACCCGUUCAAGCGUCACAACAACUAA